GAUUCCAAGGAUCGGCCCAUAUGUUAAAGAUAACAACUGUACUACAACCAGAUGCUGAGUCUAAAAGGCACUUCGCUUCUGAUCCUGUAAUAAAUCAGCUUAUAAAUGGAGCAACUAGUGAUAACAUAAACAUCAAGUCAAUAAAGAAAAGGAAGACAGACGUUUUCUUAAAUGAAGUGUAUAAGAAAAGUGUUAGUAAUAAGAUUAAGCAAAAGAAUAAGAAAAAGAAAUUAUUGCAUGAAUUAGUUAUCCAGAACUCAUCUUCUGUAAUGAAGGACAAAAAAUUUCAAUUAUAUAAAGUGGAGAAUAUUGUACAGAAUGUGUUUAAUUUUACAACCACUUCGACAUCUAAGAAAAAUCAUAUAACUGAAAUUUUUAUAACGGCCUAUCAUAAAAAAUCUGAUACCAAAAUAUAUUGUAUAAUCUAGCUUACUUAAUACAAGAAGCAUGGAAUGUGAAAGAUGAAG